GCGUGGAUUCCGAAGAAGAGGCAUCGGGCGGGACCAGGCACCGGCUGACCACUGGUCAUGCUGCCUUGGGUGGCACAUGCGAGAAUCAAGACUCAUGAGGCUGGCGGGGGAGGGAUGAUUCAUUUAAAAGGACAAUAGAUUGCGACUAUUUCUGCUGUACUCCGUACGACUUUUUCGAACAAAGUAAGCGAUAUCUUUAUCGACCUGAAACAGUCUAGACUGUAGCUGCGGGGAAGCCACCAGGUCAGCUCCAGCCUCCAGCCCUGAGCUCUACUACUAGGGGAGCUUCUUCCGCUCAUAUUACUUUCGUCCUGUCCCUCACCCAACUCUCACUUUCUCCUCGCUUUUCCCUCACUCUCAUGCUCACUCACUAGCUCCCAGCGAUGGACCUGGCCUCGCGCAUCAAGCAGUUCGGACUGACGCUGGUUUACGAAUCCCCCGACCCGCCGCUUGUUGACAUCGUUUUUGUGCACGGCCUCAACGGCCACCCGCAUCGCACCUGGACGUCGACCAGGACAGGCGCGUUUUGGCCCGUGGACCUCCUCCCGGAGGUCCUGGACCAAAGUCGCGUGCGGAUUCUUACCUACGGAUAUAAUGCGAAUGUAACCUCGUUUACGGAUGGCGCGUCGAAGGACCGGAUCCUGAACCACUCCGAGACACUGGCGGCGCAGCUGGCUGCGAAUCGAACCAUCAAACAUUGCUCCGAACGCCCGAUCAUAUUCGUUUGCCACUCUCUCGGCGGCCUCGUCGUCAAACGCGCACUCAUCUACUCGCGAAGCCUCACAAACGAAAAGGUCGAACACCUCCGCUCAAUCUAUGUCUCGACGUACGGCAUCCUCUUCCUCGGUACGCCGCAUAAUGGGUCUGAAGUUGCAAAAUGGGGACUCCUGUUGCAGAACAUCUGCUCUGCCGUGAUGCCCAAAAAGUUCAUGGAAUCCUCCCCGCAGCUGGUGAAGGCGCUGAAGACAAACAACGAGACCCUCCAGAACAUCAACAGCUUGUUCACCGAUAUGAUCCCGCGCUUUCAUAUCUACUUUUUCCACGAAACGCUUUCGACAGACGUCAAGGGGACCCGCGAAGUUAUCGUUGACGAGUCCUCCGCGGCGCCGUACGCCGAUGGUGUUGAACGAAUGGGCAUCGAAGCGACUCAUAGCCACAUGUGCAAGUUCGACGACGAGAAUGCGCCGGGAUACGAGACCGUUGCCGAGGCGCUGUUGCGAUACUCUCGAGAUGCGCCUGCUACGAUACAAGAACGCUGGCGCGAGGAGGAGAAGACACGAAUGAUUAUUCGCACACAAAAGGCGAGGGAGAUUUUCGGUGAUGCCGGUGUGGGUGGUGUUGGCGCGGUUGGUCAGGCAGAUAGGGCGGCUCCUUCGGGUGAGACUCUCUCUCCUUCAACCCCUGCUUCUCUUACUUUGAGGGAGUAUGAGCUCGAGGAGCCCUCGGACGCGGACUCUCGCUUCUUUGCAAAGAGUCCUCAUCGCCACCAGUAUCGAUAGGCUAACAUUGCCUAUCGGGUGGUGAGCUUCCUCUUCCUCCUCCUCUUACUCACCCCCUGCUUAUCUUAAAUAUCGAACGGAGGACAUGCUCUCCUUCAAAUCGUGCUUUUCUUAACUAUCGUAUGGGGGACUAUCUCUCACUCAACCCUCCUUCUUAUACGAUGAGGGAAUAUGAGCUUGAGGAGUUCCCAGAUGAUGGGGAUGUUUGUUUCUUCCCAAGGGGUUGCUCGUUGCCACCGUUAUAAAUAGGCUGUUGUCUAUUUAGUGGCUUCUUCUUUGUUUUCUGCGCAAUUUAUGAGUUACGAACAGACUGUUUAUGUACCUUAGUGUACGGAUGCUCAAUAGUAACUCUGCUGACAUGACUCGUCCCUAGUUAACCCCGUAAAACCUCUCCCUCUCCCGAUCGUGGCAACGAGAGCCCCUCUGGGUCGUCCCCUCCGGCUUCCACCGCAACGCAACGUUCUUUGGCAUGACAAAGCAGCUCGAAACCCUGCAUACCCGACUAUUCAAAGCGAAGAAGCGCGCUGAGCAUCUCACGGCAGUCCUCAUUGCCGGCGUCCCGGGAUCCGGUAAAUCACACCUCGCCCGACAAUACGUCUGGACACACCGGGACGACUAUCCUGGAGGGAUUUUCUGGGUGGAUGCCAAGUCUCGACAGUCGACGUACAAGUGUUUUUGGGACAUCGCGCAGGCCGCGACCCUUACAGAUGGCGAGGAGUUUCAAAACCCGGAUACCAAGUCGUCGAGCAAGUAUGUCGACGCUGUACGACAGUGGCUACAGUCCCGGCAGGAAUGGCUGCUUGUGUUUGACGGAGUGAGCUUCAACCAUGACGAUGAUAUCAAUCACUUUAAGCAGUUUCUCCCAUUCCGCGAGCGGUGCAGCAUCAUCUACACCUCUGUCGAUAAGACUCUGCGGAAGAAGCAAAGGCUAUACGAGCCAUAUUGCCUACAAGUGCUCCCGCUGGAAAUUGAGGAUGCGUGCAAACUACUCUUCAAGGACCUCGGUAUUAAGCGACCAACGAAGGAGCAGGUUCGCAAGGCGACGGAGGUGGUCACUCAUUACGAGUGCCUUCCGCUCGCAAUUCACGCUAUAAGUCACCGAUUGAGCGCCACGGAUAAACCGAUCGAGAAAUAUCACAUCAACUCGCACUUGAUUGACGAGAAACUCGCAGAGCCGUUUCUGAGUAUCAUGUACGAUCUGUACUGGGGCGAGCACUUUCCUGCGCUGAACCUCAUCAAUUUACUCUCGUUUCUCGGUCACCAAGUUCCUGUUGGCUUGAUCACGCUCGGCAAGUCCUUUCUCGAAGCUUGGGAUAUCGAAGUCUUCACAAGCAGUCGGCAUGGCGAGCGCGGCGACCUCGACACUACACUGGGAAUCUUGAUUCGGUACGGGCUGAUCGAACGAACGUCAGAUCAAUAUCCUCUCCUACAGACACCCUCACCGCGCUCGGAAAAGUACGCACUCGAUCCCAAAGCCGUAAUGCCUGACCUCUCGGAAUCCCAAACUGAGAGUAGUCAAGAGGGUUUCUUUACAACAUAUCAAAGUUCCGGCGUUUCAGACAUCAUCAAGAUCCACAGCGUUGUGCAGGGCUUCUGCCGCGAUGAGCUCAAGAUCAUGGACAAGGAGAUUAGGAAUCAGCCCGAGUCCAGCGAGGCGAAUGCAGGCUUCUACGACUCGUGGCUGGUGGUUGCCACGCGAGUCUUUUGCACCUCUUUCGAGAACGCCAAGUGCCGUAUGGACCGCGUAGACGACUGCGGGUCUGUGAAGGAUUACCGUGAAUAUGAGACGCACGCCUCGCAGUUGAUGAAGAAUUAUCCGAAGCGGAAUCGAGCAACAGCACCGUACGGGAUCGUCGCCGACUCGCUGAAGCAGCUCAAGGAGGCGCUCAAGACCAUCCGAAGCGAAAUCGACCGCAUCUCCCCCAGUUCCUCACAGGAGAGCAUCCGCAAGCAUCGCUCAGUUUUUGAUCGGUCUAGUAGUUCUUCGUCGUUCCCAGACUCGAUGGCUUCAGACGGACCGUCUAGACAGUUGACGCUCGACUUUGAUGACAUCGUCCGAUCAGAGUCACCGGAGCAACGCUUGUCGCCGCAAAAAGUGAACCUGGGUCCAAUCAUUCCACACAUCUUUCGUCGAUCCACACAUGAGUCUGAGGAGUUGCGCACUGACUACCGGUUGGAUAAAGAAGAUGAUGGCUACCUGCGGCACGACGGCUACUCGAAAAAUGACGGUUACGUGACAGACGACGAGUCCUCAAAGGCUCGAUCACCGGCGAUGUCCCAGAUAAGUAUCGGGACUGAACGGCCUCGCUCUCAUCCGUCGACUCCCCCUCAGGACGACGAAGGCUGGCAUGUCGUCGAGAACCCCGUGCGCAACCGACCGGUCACCAAAGGUCAGUCCGAGCGGCCGAAGCAGCGGAGGCAACAGCAAGGCCAACCUCAAUCGCAACCGAAGCCACUGCGCCGGAGGCCCGCAUUCCCGCGAAGUAUCGGCGAUUCUAAGCCCGUGGCGCCGGUCCUCCAGAAGACGCCUGCAUGGAGGAGCGCACCUGAAGUCCUCACGGCGCGCGACAUCCCCCAUCGAACUGCCUCUGAAGCUCUGGUAGCUGUGAGCAAGGGCAGCCCACCGGCAUCAAACGACAAUCUGAACCGCCCUCGAAUAGCCCAUGGGCAGAAGGAGAACGCGCCCACGUACGCUUCUGUAGCGAAGCUCGCCCAUCAUAUCCCUACCGAUCAGACACCCUCGCAGCUACAGUCGCAUCCAAGCAGCCGACUUGAUGCUCUAGACCUAAUGGGCGCGCCGGACAGCCACCACUACGGCACGCACCGCAUCUCGAACCGGCGACUCGUCCCCGAGGAUCUCUCAGCGAGUACGCCAAUUUUGGGCAUUCCCUACGAAAACAACAUUGAGAUCAAAAUCCCGCGUCGGCCGAGGGAGAGUAACGCUGCUUCUGUUAGUGCAAUACCAUCCGCGUUUACGAGUAAAUCGUCCACAAGCCUUGGCUCAAUAAACCAGCAUCCAUCGGCGAUUAUGCCGGGUGCAUCCCCGCCUUCUUCACUUCCGGCAUCGGGAUCCGAACCAAUGUCGAGGAAUCCAUCGGGCCAGUCGCAGUCUCAACAGUCGGGAGCCUGGUCUAGCGCAACGGCCACAGCAAGUGAUCCGCAGUACCGCACGUUCGCACCUCCCCGUCUCUCCCCGCUUUCCUCUACCUUCCAACAAGCGCAGAGCCACCCGUCGCACUACACGCAGCAGCAAAAUACACAUCUCCUCACGGGUACCGGGAGCUGGACAUCUGACACACCGACUCUGUCCGGCCAGCGAAUCAGCCCAGUUCCAGGUCCGAUCCAACUCCAAGGCCCAGUGACCGGGUCAGGUCUAGCAUCAGGCCCCUCCUAUGCAGCUGUCGCACAACGCCGGUAUAUACCGCCGCUAGACAUGGGACUCGACUUUGAAAUGGACCCGGAACCUGAAGUCCAUGAUUCGAUAUGGAGCCCACCCGCAUCGUCAUGUGCUGCCGGUGCUGGCAAUAUUGGUGUCGGCGUAGGAAACGGGACGAUGCACUUCGGGACUCAUGCUGUUGACCUCCGGACUGCGAGGCGGAGGUUCCAAGCGUCUGCUCAAGCUGCGGCCCAGGCGCAAGCGCAAGUACAAGGACGAGGCCAAGGCCGAACACACCUCCAACCAUCGCAAUACCACAUUUACCACGAGAACCGCUCGGGCCCACUGAUGCCCGUAUCCUCGCGGCAGAAUGAGUUCGAGUAUGACCGCGGGCAGGAUCUCGGACAGGAGGGCGGAUACACCUAUGGAUAUGGGUAUGGGCCUACGCUCGGAACCGGAUCAGAGUAUGGGUUCGGUUAUGAUGGGUUGUCGCAAGGACCGGGACAGGGGUCAGGGCCAGGGCAAGGACAUGUACGAGGCCGGACGCAGGGGCAGGAAGGGAUGAAUGGACGAGGGAGGGGGUACAAGUAUUCCGGCCCUGGACGGCCGAGGAGUGGGAGUUCACCUGGUUUCCAAUUUUAGGGUUGAAAGGGUCUGGGACUGGAAGUGGGAAUGGAAUGGAGCUGGGGGAAAGGGUGUACUGGGUAAUUGGUGGGAGUUUUUUGUCUCUUCUGUCUUGUUUUCAUUUCUUCUUCUUCGUUUCUUUUUCUUGACGGUUCUUUCUGUUAUAUGUCUUCAAUUUUUUUUUUUUUCGCCUUGCCUUGUACGAAUGUGGGCACCACGGUGAUAUGGUUGCAUAAAUGCAUUACACAGCAUGGGCGGAGGUGCUUGAAAAGAAGAGAUACAUGUAUGCGCAUCGCAUUGCAUUUUCGGGGUCAACAUUGUUUUUUCGAGAGGUUUACAAGGUACAGGUACGACAUGGGCGGUACAAUAUCGCGAGGCUACUGGAUUAAGACUGGAACUUGACUGGACUAGGAUGACAUGGCACGGAAGAAUGUAUUCGAUGUGGUAUGGCAUGUAUAGAAGGAGCAUUGACAUGGUAUGGGGACUGUACAAAACCGAAGGAAUGAGAUAAUGGGCGGGUUUAUUGAGUUAAUAGGCAGGCCUAUAUGACCCUCAUAUGAACUUUUGUGGUGGGUCUCUCGAGGGUCCAUCGUAUUUGAUAUAGAUAUCACCAUUAGUAAGUACUGAUAGAGAAUUCGAAAGAGUGAAG